AUGAUCUUGUUUCAACCUGCCCAACCUCCUGGAUGGGCUAAACCAGAUGCCAUAGCUGUUAAAGCGUGGCUUCCCACUGUGCUUGUCGCUUCAAUUCCAUUUCCUCCACUCGGCAUCUGUGCAAACUGUAGAAAUAACAACCUUCCCUGUGUUUAUAUACCGGGCAGAAAGCGUGGUCCAAAGAUCAAUUCUCAAUUUCUUCCCAGUGUGAAUCCUUGUGAAACUACUACCAAUGCAUUAUGCACUUCAUCAAACGAUUUCUCCUCCUUUGAGACUCUACGUCCUUGUAAUUAUAACAUUAUUUCUCCCAAUAUUCAUAAUGAAUCCGAAACAUUCCAAAUUAUGUCCAUUAGUCAAUCAUUUUUACCUUCUUUCUUUCCUUUCGUUCACGAAGAACCAUUACAAAAUGAUGAUCCUUUAACUAUACCAUCUUCUAUUAGACCAGAACAAAAUAAUGAUCCUUUAACUAUACCAUCCUCUAUUAGUUAUUUAAAUGACUCCUCUUCUAAUGAAACUCCUAUCAAUAUCAACUCAUAUGGAACUGCCGAAAUAUUCCAAAUUUAUUUAAAUGAAUCCUCUUCUGUUGAAACACCUAUCAAUAUUGACCUAUAUGGAACUGCCGAAAUAUUCCAAAAUGUAUUCCUUUCCGCUCACGAAGGACCAGCACAAAGUAAUGAUCCUUUAACUAUACCAUCUACUAUUAGUUAUUUAAAUGAUUCUUCAUCUUCAGAAACUCCGGAUCUCCAUAAUAAUGGAACUAAUGAAUCAUUCCAAAAUACAUCCAUUGAUCAAUCAUUUAUGCUUUCAUCUUCCCAUUUUGUUCACGAAGGAUUAAUGCAAAAUGAUGAACUUGACCUGUCUCGAAAUGCCACAUUAUCCUUUAUUAAUCAUUUAAUUGAUUCAUCUUCUUUCGAAAUUACAGAUAAUAAUAAUACUCCUCUUAGCGUCCGCCCUUAUGAAACUACUGAAAUCUUCCAAAAUAUGUUCAUUGAUUAA